CUAACACCGCGCGGUCCCCGCGCCGCCGCCGCCGCCGCCUCGCCAUGGCGGAGACCAAGAUCAUCUACCACAUGGACGAGGAGGAGACGCCGUACCUGGUCAAGCUGCCGGUGGCCCCGGAGCGCGUCACGCUGGCUGACUUCAAGAACGUGCUCAGCAACCGGCCCGUGCACGCCUACAAAUUCUUCUUCAAGUCUAUGGACCAGGACUUCGGGGUGGUGAAGGAGGAAAUCUUUGAUGACAACGCCAAGCUGCCCUGCUUCAAUGGCCGUGUGGUUUCCUGGCUGGUCCUGGCUGAAGGCACUCACUCAGAUGCAGGGUCCCAGGGCACUGACAGCCACACAGACCUGCCCCCACCACUUGAGAGGACUGGUGGCAUUGGGGACUCCAGGCCCCCCUCUUUCCAUCCAAAUGUGGCCAGUAGCCGUGAUGGGAUGGACAAUGAGACCGGCACGGAGUCCAUGGUCAGUCACCGACGGGAGCGAGCCCGACGUCGGAACCGUGAGGAGGCUGCUCGGACCAAUGGGCACCCAAGGGGGGACCGGCGGCGGGACCUGGGGCUGCCCCCAGACAGUGCAUCCACUGUGCUGAGCAGUGAACUGGAGUCCAGCAGCUUUAUCGACUCAGAUGAGGAGGACAACACUAGCCGGCUGAGCAGCUCCACGGAACAGAGCACUUCCUCCCGACUCAUUCGGAAGCACAAGCGCCGGAGGCGGAAGCAGCGGUUAAGGCAGACUGAUCGGGCCUCCUCCUUCAGCAGCAUCACUGACUCCACCAUGUCCCUGAACAUCAUCACUGUCACGCUCAACAUGGAGAGGCACCACUUCCUGGGCAUCAGCAUCGUGGGCCAGAGCAAUGACCGUGGUGAUGGUGGCAUCUACAUCGGAUCCAUCAUGAAAGGCGGGGCUGUGGCUGCCGAUGGCCGCAUCGAGCCAGGCGACAUGUUGCUGCAGGUGAAUGAUGUCAACUUCGAGAACAUGAGCAAUGAUGAUGCUGUGCGAGUGCUGCGGGAGAUCGUAUCCCAGACUGGACCCAUCAGCCUCACAGUGGCCAAGUGCUGGGACCCAACCCCCCGGAGCUACUUCACCAUCCCAAGGGCUGAUCCGGUGCGGCCCAUCGAUCCGGCUGCCUGGCUGUCCCACACUGCGGCGCUGACGGGUGCUUUGCCCCGCUAUGGUACGAGUCCCUGCUCCAGCGCCAUCACACGCACCAGCUCCUCCUCACUAACCAGCUCAGUGCCUGGCGCUCCACAGCUGGACGAGGCACCACUGACAGUGAAGAGUGACAUGAGCGCCGUUGUCCGAGUCAUGCAACUACCGGACUCAGGACUGGAGAUCCGUGACCGCAUGUGGCUUAAGAUCACCAUUGCCAAUGCCGUCAUCGGGGCCGAUGUGGUGGACUGGCUGUACACACAUGUGGAAGGCUUCAAGGAGCGGCGUGAGGCAAGGAAGUAUGCCAGCAGUAUGCUAAAGCAUGGCUUCCUGCGCCACACAGUCAACAAGAUCACUUUCUCUGAGCAGUGUUACUAUGUCUUCGGGGACCUGUGCAGCAACCUUGCAGCCCUGAACCUCAACAGUGGCUCCAGUGGAGCCUCAGAUCAGGACACCCUCGCCCCACUUCCCCACCCAUCGGCACCCUGGCCCCUGGGCCAGGGCUACCCUUACCAGUACCCAGGGCCCCCGCCCUGCUUCCCACCUGCCUACCAGGACCCUGGCUUCAGCUAUGGCAGCGGCAGCGCCGGAAGUCAGCAGAGUGAAGGGAGCAAGAGCAGUGGGUCCACGAGGAGCAGCCAUCGGGCCCCAGGUCGAGAGAAGGAGCGUCGGGCGGCUGGAGCUGGGGGCAGUGGCAGUGAAUCAGAUCACACAGUACCAAGCGGGUCCGGUAGUACUGGCUGGCGGGAGCGUCCUGUCAGCCAGCUUAGCCGUGGCAGCAGCCCUUGGAGCCAGACCUCCGCAGUUGCCCCAGGGCUCCCUCCACUGCACCCUCUGACAAAGGCCUAUGCAGUGGUGGGUGGGCCACCUGGGGGGCCACCUGUCCGAGAGCUGGCUGCUGUCCCCCCAGAACUUACAGGCAGCCGCCAAUCCUUUCAGAAGGCCAUGGGGAACCCCUGUGAGUUUUUUGUGGACAUCAUGUGACCAGCAGCCAGUGCCUUCAGCCCUACCUGUGGUGGGAGCUGGUGGUCCUGCUUUGCCAAGAGCUAUAUGGGUUUGCCUUAGAGGCAGCCAGCCAGGAUAGGCCAGUUGUGGUGUCUGGGCCAGGGCACUGGGAGCAGGCAGGAGAGGAGGGCUGAGGGCAGCCACACCACCAGGAUCUGGGCUUGGCACCCUGCCUGCUUCUGGGGUCUCCUGACAGUGGAGAAGCUUGAAUCCCUGCAGAACCUUGUGAGGGGACAUCUCUGUCCUCAGGUAGGUCCUCAGCAUGAUUCUCAGGGAUACCCUGGCUCCUCCUUUAGAGGUGACCCCCUUUUAGGAUGAAGAAGGCUCUCUUGAGCUUCAUGUGCCCCCCCUCCCAGAACUGUGCACAAGUCACAGACUGAUCCCAUUCAGUUCAUGAGCUUCACCCAUUAGGCCCAGGUGGGAGGUAUUGAGGGAACGGGACAAAGCCCCUAGGCCUCUCUGGCUGCCCAGGUGGGGUCUAACUUAUUUAUUUAUUGCUAGUUUGCCUGUCUGGGGGUGACAGCCAGUCACCCAGCAGGGGCAGGUUGCAUGGCCCUCCCCUCCUGGUACUCAGCAAAUGGGAACACAGGCUGUACUGAAAGUGUGUGGAAGAUGUUCAGUGGGGGAGAUAGGGAAAUGGCCAGGCAGCUGCACACCAUGCCAUGGCCUCAGUGGAGGGGUGGUGAUGCACCUCUUUGGCUGCAGAGAUGGGGUUCUUUCCUUGCUGUUCUGGUGGCUGCCCACUUGCACGUGUCGCUGCCUUCCUGACAUGGUGGCCCUUUAUGUCUGCACUGUAGAUAGUGUGUCAAAGUCUGAGCGUCUGGGUAGUUCAUAUAGAGCUGCUUUUGUGUAAAUGCUGCUUCUGUGUAAAUGCUAUUUUAAACACUAAAAAGCGUUUAAUUUUA